AUGGCGAAACCCCCGACCUGGGGAAGGAGGUUCCUUUGUGCCAUGCUAGCGCUCGUCGGGAUCACAUUGUCCUGCAUCCUAUACAACACCGCCGGCAUUGCCAGCUUCCUCCAGCUGUCCAACAGGAGCUUCCUAAAUCUCAAUUAUGAUGCGGUUCGGGCUCUCUCACUUAAGCUCUCACGUUCGAGUACUCCCAUCCGAGCCUCGUGCUUCCCGAGCUUCGCUCCACGCGUUCGUCCAUGGCCCUUGCUUUCUUAGCUUCAUCUUCGGACAUGGACGUUUCCGAUUUCUGAUCAUAAUCAUCCACUGCUGGUCAGACAUCAUGUCUUGACCGUCGGAAACGUACUGGAAUAGCCGGAUUGAGCGAGCAAUCAUCUGCUAGGUGUUCCUCCAAGGCGAUGCUGUCAUCUGCGUUUUCAUGGCGACGUUUUUUCCUUGUUUUACGGUGCCUAUGGUUGAUGUCAGCGUCUGUUUCUCGUGGUGACGGCCUUUUUAUUCCACGCUCAUGAAUUAUAGCGGGAAGUGCGGUAUAUAUUUUAGCUCUUCGAACUCCUCCAACUUUUUCGUAACCAAUUCCGUGCUACCGGAGCAGGUUAGCGACGAAAUCAAGCUGAAGAAUGUGCUCAAGGAAGCAGCCAUGGUGGAUAAAACUGUGAUAUUGACGACGCUGAAUGAGGCAUGGGCGGCUCCUGGUUCUGUUCUUGACCUCUUCCUGGAGAGCUUUCAGACAGGAGAGCGCACGGUAAGGCUCUUGGAGCACUUGGUGAUCGUCGCUCUUGACGAGAAGGCGUACGAGAUAUGCAAGUCUAAGCAUACCCACUGCUACGCUUUGAAGACCGAAGGAGUAGAUUUCUCUCAAGAGAAGUUAUUUAUGACGGAGGAUUACCUGAGGAUGAUGUGGAGAAGGAUAGACUUUCUGAGAGUCGUCCUUGAGAUGGGAUAUGACUUCAUCUUUACGGUAACUUUAUCUUUUCUGUUUCUACAGAUUUAUUUUUGUAAAGAACGUUGAUGACCUACGAUUUUGAACCUCGGAUUAUUUUGUUUAUAAAUCUGUUUCUCAAAAAAUAUUCGGUAGGUAAAGAGAUCCAGGGCCUACCUUUCAGUAGAGCAUGCAUAAUCGAUUUCCACGAAUAUUCAUACUAAUCUAUCUAAAGUUAGCCUCUAAUACUUACCACAAAGAGUAUAGCCUUAAGAUUUCCUCUUUUCUUUUCUUUUUCUCUCUUCUCGGUGGCGUUCUUGGGCCCCUGCUCUGUUGUACCAAGACAGCCUUCAACGAUUGGAACUGCUCUUUCAGAAACCCCUUGCCUGGGGAUUUUGAACUGGCUUCGGAUGAUAUAUUUAUAAAGAUGAUUAAAGGUAGAAUUUUAUUCUUAUCGCACCAUAUUUUCCACCAGAGCUUAAAGGUGAUCUAGUGUGAUUUCCAGAAUGGUUAAAGCUAUAGUGAUAGUGCAUAAGAUCAGAUAAGUCCGGGUAUCGGCCCUUUCCGAUCUAGGUUAGGUUGAAUUUGGACUCAAUUCAGUCAGAUUCCUCCUAGCACGGAUUGAAGUAGCUACUGCAAAUCACUAUCCAGGCUGGCCCCUCAUCCCAGUUUGCAUAAUAUUGGCUUUCCCUUGUUUCAUUACGGUGCUGAUGCGCUAGCCUGAUGAAGUCUUCAGUAACCACACAUCAAACCUUUGUAUUUAGCCUUUGUCUAAUUUUUUUUUCCGCCAUACUUCGCACCCACUGUUGUAAAAUUGAUCGUCUCGAAUUCUUGUCAAGGAGUAUGACCAAGGAUCAGUUUGUGAGAUUUUUCUGGGUAUCCGACAUAACUGACAGGUGAACGGUUUUCCAUAAAAUUUUACGGUCGAUGAAGAUCGGUUGUCUAGCCUGUGUAUCUCAAAGUACUUCAUGAAGCAGCCCAGUCCACCAAACUAGUGGGAAUGAAUUUAUGGAGUGCAAGGAUGCCACGUUUACUUCCCGGUGGAGCCCUUUCACGUAGCUAUCCACACAAUCUACUCUUUCCGUUGGAGCAAAUUGGCAGGGGGAGAGGUCAACAGUGGGAAAAGAGGAACCCUAGAGAUUUUCCCCUAGGAACCCAAAAGACGAAAGUGCAGAUCGAGGAAAAAAGUAAAAUAUAGCAGAAUAAUUGAAUCUGAAGCGGAACACUCAAUAGUAGCUGUCAUUUCCUCGAGUUCUACGGCCGGUUCUUCAGUCAUGAAUAUUCUCCCACACGUCGGAAACGGCUCGGUCUUGAAAUUUAAUGCUGUGAGGCAUUAAAGAUGUGUGGCAUAGUGUCUCUACUUAACUGCGCAUCCCAUAUGUUAGGGAAUAAAAUUAUUUCAUUUCUUGGAUCUAUUAAUCUAGCCCUAAAUUUCUUCAUAAAUCUACAUUUCCUUGCAUCCGUUGUAUCGAGCUUUGACCUUACUGAUAACACGCACGCAGGCACGCACGCAUUCAUAUAGAUGCAUAUGUACGUUUUUUUGGUAGUGAAGUUCAACCUAUUGCCGUUUAAAAACUGUGGGCAAACGUCGAGUUUUGGAUGCAGAAUACCCGAAAGAUACAUGGGUUCCAUAGUUUUCGACUCUGGUCUCUAUCUUUUAUCCGCCCAAGUUCAUAUAAAAGUUGCUCUUUUCUUGCAGGACGCUGAUAUAAUGUGGUUCCGAGACCCCAUGCCGUUCUUCUACAAAGACGGCGACUUCCAGAUCGCAUGCGACCAUUUCAACGGCAACCCCGACGACAGAACGAACUAUAUCAACGGAGGGUUCAAAUAUAUAAAGUCCAACGAAAAAACAAUAAAGUUCUACAAGUACUGGUACGAGAAAAGAGUGGAGCACCCGGGCGCUCACGACCAGGACGUGCUCAAUUACAUCAAGGGAGACCAAAUCCUCCACGACAUCGGGCUGAACUUGAAAUAUCUACCCACCGUCCACUUUGGGGGGAUAUGCGAACCCAGCAGCGAUUUCAAUCAGGUCUCCACCAUGCACGCAAAUUGUUGUAUUGGAUUGAUAGAUAAGUUGAACGAUCUGAAGGUAAUACUGAAGGACUGGAGGCAGUACAAUACUCUGCCGCCCAGCGUGAAUGGCCGUCAUGAGCACAAGUGGAGAGUCCCGCAGCUCUGCAGGUAA